ACUUUCGGAAUUUUGUAGUUUUAUUCAAAGCUGCGCGGCAAGCCAAAGGGUGCAACCCACAUGAUGUCGGUUCAAGUGCGCCACUUUUGGUGCAAUCCGCGACAACCCCAGAAGUUGGAUGGUGCAUCCCAGCUUCAAGUCGGUUUAAGCCAAUCUAUAUGACCCAUUAACCAUCAUUAACCCUUAACAUCCCUUAACACCCUUAACUAACUGGGGAUAAAAUCCCAAACUUUGACUGGUUUUAAGAUUCGGCCAUUCCCAGGGCUGCACAUCCUAGGAAUCAUCUCCAGGAAUGUGUGGAGCUCACGUCCGCCCGCUUAAAGGAGGCGGAACUGACAGACGUAGCGCGCAGCCUGCGCUUUGAUAUGCUGGCGCAUCCUGAGCUCUUGAGGAUCCUGGCUGGCUGCAGCCCGCCUUUCACGGUGGUUUUUGCAGAUAUUGGUGGCAACCGAGAGUUGACCCAUGUGCUGGAGUUAUUGCAGCUGCUGUCAAGCACUAUGCCCCACUUGCGGUAUGUUGCAGUGAAGAGUGAGGCGUUGGCUUCUGAACUUCAAAAGGCUCCUGUGAACCUCCAAGAGUACAUCAAAUGGUGGGAGGAGUUUUGCCACCACGUUCGCCCAGUCAAAGUCCGCCGCCGGCGGAUGCAACAAAUCUUGCAGCAUCCUGUCAGAAGGACCAAGGAAGGCACGGAGAUUUGCCGCUUCGCCAACUAUGGGACAUGUUCCAAGGCGCCAUCUGAGUGCCGUUACGAUCACGGCCACUGCCACCGCUGCUUGCAGCCCGGACAUUGGGCCAUGGACUGCGAGGUGACCGAGGCGACCCAUGAGAAAACGGAAGCGAUGGCAACGUACAGCCUAUGCUCCGAGGUCGCUGAGGGUUUAUUUGCUGCCCUGCGUGCUGGUGGACGCGAGUACCUUUUCCUGAAGGAAUACAACAUCGUCAUCAUUGACUCUCCAUCUCUGGGUCUAAGCCGACAUCGAUGGAUUCAAUAUGGACCAGCGGUCAUUCGGGGAGUACUCAGGCACUUGGACAUUGAUCAAGUGAGCGUCUUUUCCAUGGGCCUCGGUUCCGUGAUCUUCCAUCAGAUUCUGGCAGAGACGCCACAUCUCCUCAGCCACACACAUAUCGUGUACAACCAGGAUAUCGCGGAUCUCAAAAGUUUUCCCUUUGAAGCAUAUGACGUAGAGGUAGCCCUACGAGACCACGACAUCCAAAUUUGGACCAUAUACAACGAUGAGGAUGACGAGGAUCCUCAAGCGUAUAGCCGACAUAGCAAGGGGCCUGCGAGACUCUCGGAGGCUUUCACCAAGAUGCAGGCGGACCUGAGAUGUUCACUUUCACUCCGAAACCACUGUGGAACUCAGCGUGCCAUGGAGAAGAUUGAUAUCGGUUGCAAUCUGGCGGGCCUUCAGCUGUCUUGCUGCAUCUUGAAUGCCAGUGGCCCUCGCACCAAUACCGAGCAGCAGCUGAUGGACAUUGCCAGAUCAUCCUCGGGAGCUUUGUGCUCCAAGAGUGCGACAUUGGAGGAGCGAAGUGGCAACCCCCAGCCGCGCUACACGGAGAUCCAGCUGGGAGACAGGACGGCGAGCAUCAACUCCGAGGGCUUGCCAAACAAGGGCUUUGCGGCCUACAGCGACAGCUCCUUCCUACAGAGGUUGAAGGAAUGCAGUGAGCCACAUGGGAAGCCUUACAUCUUCUCCAUUUCGGGGCUAUCAUUGAAGGAGAAUCUUGAAAUGCUGGAUCGAUUGGCCGAGUCUCCAGAUGUUCUGCAGCAUUUGAGUGCGGUGGAGGUGAAUGUGGCCUGUCCCAAUGUGCCUGGAAAGCCUCUGGUGGGCUACGACUUCCCACAGUUCGCUGAAGUGGUUCAAACCAUGAGUCGGCAUCCCCUCUUCACAAAAGAUUGCGUCCUUGGCUUCAAGCUGCCGCCGUACCUGGACGCCCCGCUCUUCGACGCGGUGGCAAAAAUGUUGAACGAGAUCGCCCUAGGGCGAGGCGGUGCUUUGGGCUACGUGGUCUGUUGCAAUACCUUGGGCUCAGCCUUAGCGGUUGACAUUGAGACAGAGACCACGGUGCUCCAUCCCAAAGGAGGCUUCGGUGGUCUGGGAGGUCAAUUGGUGCGGCAUUUGGCACUAGGCAAUGUGAGGCAUUUGCGUUCUCGCCUGGAUGACUCUAUUCAUGUGGUCGGCUGCGGAGGUGUGGCUACAGGGGAAGAUGCCUUUGCACACAUCCUUUGCGGGGCCACAGCUGUGCAGGUCGCCACUCAGCACCGUGUAGAGGGCCCUCAGUGCUUCGAGCGCAUUGCCUCGGAACUCAGGGAGCUGAUGCAGAGGAAGGGCUACACGCAGCUUGAGGACUUCCGUGGUAAGUUGCGGGUGCGAGAGUCCAAGCUCUGACACGGGCCAUGGGGAGGGUUGGCUCAACUCAGAAGGAUCGAUUUUGGCUCCUGCAGCAUUGCACGCGGGCGCAAUGGAAUGCAGGGCCGUGAAACCGCACGACCGAGCGGCCACCCUGAGCUCCCGACUUCUUCCUGUUGGGGAACCGAAAUCGCUAGUUCCUUGCUGUUUCUACCAUCUGUGGGGGCAGAAACCAUCAGAAACUGCCAGUGUCGGAGGUGGACGUCCGGAGCUCACAGGGGAUGUUGCCCCUGCGACAUCGAGAUCCUACGCGUCUCACAGUGACUGCUAGGGGGGAAAAGAA